UUUUUCUUUAUUCGGGAUCAUGACAAUAAACCAGCAUCAGUUGCUGUUUAGAUGGUGAUCUUUCAACACCAAAAUUCGAUAUCAUAACCAUUUUAGAAAAUAUAUAAAGACUGUGGAAGACGAAGGAUUGAUUUUAUAAUUUUAUAAGGCGAGAACUGGCAAUUUUAAGUUAAAGUAAAUAAUGCGAGGAGUUCAAGAAUCGAUUAUAAAAGAUUCUACAAAUUUUGCUAAACAAGCCGAUGAUGUUUCGGUAUCCGAUAAUCAGAACUGUAAGCCAGUAUUUUUGUUUAGUGUGGACUACAUACUCAACACCGCUGGAAAGGGAAAUAACAAUGACGUGCAUAAACAAGACCCUUAUAAUUUUGAUUGGCUUUUUUGUACAAGAUUUAAGCCACCAAAACUUGACAGAUCGAAAAAGAAAGACUCUCGACAAAAACAAAAACGUAGGCCAGGUCGUAAUCCAAGAAUACCUUUUACUGCUGAACAAGUAUCAGUUUUGGAACAUGAAUUUAAACAAAAUGCUUACUUAGGAGGAACUAAUGAUGUACAUAGACUGUCUGAAAUAUUGCGACUAUCAGAAAGUAGAAUAAAAAUAUGGUUUCAAAAUCGCCGAGCUAGAGAACGCAGAGAUAAUCUCAAUGCUGACCAUUUAUUGUCAUCAACGCCAAACAAUACAAUGAGUAAUACAAAUCAUAAAUCCAUCCAAUUGUCAAUGAUGUCUGCAUUUAAACCCUUGAAUUACACACCACCAACGUAAAUUUCAUUUAAGCUAAAUAUAAAUAAUACAAUAUUUUCCAUGUAUUUGAUGCCAAAAUUUUAAUUUUGCAAAAAUUAAUUUAAAUUUAUUAUUUAGUAUAAUUAUUUUGUAUAGUUUGUAAAUAAUGUAAUUUAUUGUUAAUAUUUAAAAUUGGUGCCAUAAUGUUUAUGUUUAUAA